GCCUGGUGGGGAAGAGAGCCAGCCCAACCCAAAGCUUGGUUAGCGUGUGGGAGAUUAGGAAGCAGUCAGAAACACAAAGCAAAUUAGUAGCUGUUGCAUCAGCAGAGGAACAACUCAGAGGUGCAGGAGACACUGAGCAGAGAAGGGCCUAAGGAAAGCUAAAUUUUAUUCGUGUACUUGAGGUCUAUCAGAGGAGAAAACAAGGUAAGAGGUUGGGGGUUGCAUUCCUGAAGGACUUUCUUCCCCAGAGUUUUCCAGCUUCUUUCCUAGACUAGAAUGGCAAUGAAGGGACAUCUCUUCUGGCUGCUCUGGCCACUGCUACUCCUUCACCAGGGUCAUGCACAGUUCCCUCGGGAAUGUGCUACUCUUGAUGCAUUGAGAAGAGGUGAAUGUUGUCCAGACCUGAGCCAAGGACCCGAGCCUGGGACAGACAGCUGUGGUUCAUCAUCCGGGAGGGGCAGGUGUGAUGUAGUUACUGCUGAUUCCCGGCCUCACGGGCCCCAGUACCCACAUGAUGGCAGAGAUGAUCGUGAAGCCUGGCCCACUAGGUUCUUCAAUAGGACCUGCCACUGCAAUGGUAACUUCUCAGGAUACAACUGUGGGACAUGCAAACCUGGAUGGAGAGGAUCAUCAUGUGACCAAAGGGUCCUUACAGUUAGAAGAAACCUUCUAGACCUGAGUAAAGAAGAAACAGAUCGUUUUAUCCGUGCGCUCGACAUGGCAAAGCGUACUAUUCAUCCCUAUUUGGUCAUAGCCACCAGGAGAUCAGAAGAACUACUGGGGACAGAUGGCAAUACACCACAGUUUGAGAAUAUUUCCAUUUAUAACUAUUUCGUGUGGUCCCACUAUUACUCAGUCAAAAAGACUUUCCUUGGGGAAGGGCAGGAAAGCUUUGGGGCUGUGGAUUUUUCUCAUGAAGGCCCAGCAUUUCUCACCUGGCAUAGGUACCACCUACUGCAGUUGGAGAAAGACAUGCAGGAGAUGCUGCAGGACCCCACUUUUGCCCUUCCAUACUGGAAUUUUGCUACUGGAGGAAAUACCUGUGAUAUCUGCACAGACGACUUGAUGGGCGCAAGAAGCAACUUUGAUUUUUCUCUGAUAAGUCCGAAUUCUGUCUUUUCACAAUGGCGAGUUCUGUGUGAAUCUGUGCAAGAUUAUGAUACUCUGGGAACCAUUUGUAACAGCACAGAAGGAGGACCCAUUCGAAGAAAUCCUGCAGGAAACACAGCAAGGCCCAUGGUGCAACGUCUCCCGGCGCCACAGGAUGUCGCUCAGUGCUUGGAAGUUGGUGUAUUCGAUACCCCUCCCUUUUAUUCCAAUUCAACAAACAGUUUCAGAAACACAGUGGAAGGUUACAGUGAUCCUACAGGGAGAUAUGACCCUGCAGUUCGAAGCCUUCAUAAUUUGGCUCAUCUGUUUCUGAAUGGAACAGGAGGACAGACCCAUUUGUCUCCCAAUGAUCCUAUUUUUGUCCUUCUACACACUUUCACUGAUGCGGUUUUUGAUGAAUGGCUGAGGAGAUAUAAUCCUGAUAUAUCAAUAUUUCCACUGGAGAAUGCCCCAAUUGGACACAACAGGCAAUAUAAUAUGGUGCCAUUCUGGCCUCCAGUAACCAAUACUGAAAUGUUUGUUACUGCUCCAGACAAUCUGGGAUAUGCUUAUGAAGUUCAAUGGCCAAGUCGAGCUUUCAGUGUUAUUGAGAUCAUUACUGUCACAGUAGUAGCUGCCCUAAUACUGGUGGCAAUUGUCUUUGUUGUCACCACUUGUUUUAUCCGGGCCAGAAGAAACAAAGAUGAAUCCAAUCAACCUCUCCUCAGUGAUCAAUAUCAACGUUAUGCAGAAGAAUAUGAAAAAUUGUCAAAUCCUAGUCAGUCCAUGGUAUGAGGAAGAGAUAAAAGCAUACCAUAUUCCAGUUUUCUACAACAUCAUAUGAGUCUUUAACCUUGCCUGUUUCAAAUGAUCAGUUAAGUCAAUAAUAUAUAUAUAUAUAUACAUAUAUAAUAUUUUACCCCUGUCUUAUAUAGGCAUGUGAUUAUGAUUAUUGAGCCCGUCAUAAGCAAUUGCCUUCAGUGAGGAAGAGCCAAAACACAUGAAUGGAUGUUCUGUUUCUAAAUUGAAGAGAUUGUGAUCAAUCACCCUUGAGGGUCUUUAGGUUCUAGACUCUCUAAAAAAUAACGGAAUUGAAAGAGUUCUAAAUUUGAAAUUAGGUAGAAGCCUGGGUUAGUCCUUCCUCCGAAACUUAUUUGACCAGACACAAGUGACUUAAACUCUCUCAAUCUCAUUCUCCUCACUGACAAAAUGGUGGACAUAAGCCUUUAGUACCUGCCUUACAGUGUUGUUGUGAGGCUCAAAUGAGAUACAUGUAAAAUCUAUUUUAAAUGCUAUAUAAAUAUUAUUAUUAGACAUAUAAAAUAACAUGAUAUACAUAUUUUCUUAUUUUAGUAAUAUCUUGUUACUACACCAAUCAGAUUAUAUAGCCAUUAGAGUAUGACAUUGCGAAGGAUGACCAUGUGUUGCUGAAUUGAAUAACCUACCAGGCCACAUUUUUGGUUAUCAAUAAACAAAAAUAUUGACUGAAUUAAGGUACCUGCUGGGUAUUAACACUAUUAAGAUGUCACAAUUCACUAACAGAAGUUAAUGGCUAGAAGCAGAAGAUCUUAAGCUAAUAAUACAAUAGACAAACGUGCUUAAAGUUCAUGGAAAGGUAUAAACAGGAACCUAAUGAAUGUUCCUACUAAUUUGUUUUUCCUACUGUGAUUUUAUCUUGAAUACCGCCUUAAGUCUGGCAUAUAUAAGAUGAUGACACUUCCAUUGAUGAUUGUGACUAAAAUGAUCUUUAGCCAUCUUUGCCAUAGUGGGAGUACAUUUGAAAUCCUUCUUUAAUUUGCAGUUUCAGUCAGUAUUACCUAAGUCUAUCACUAUUUGUAACUAGGCUUCCUUGCCUUACACACUGCCUCCAAAGCAGCAUCCAUCUCUAAAAGUUCUCCUUUAACCUCACCUGUUUGGUGAAACAGAUGUCUACUAGUUGACAUUUGUGUCAUAUCCCUGACAAUCACAUCUCCAUGUAAUUCAACUACUGUUAUUUUCUAUACAAACGUCAGAGCUUUACCUUGGAUGAGACUUUGUAUAUUAUUUGUAUAAUAAGUAGUUUAAGCCUGUUGUUUGCUCUCUCUGCAUCUUUCCAUUGUGGAGUAAAUAAAAUGCUCAUUCAACCA